AUGCGAGGGGAUACUCUAUGGGGGCUCGCGCAAUGCCUCCUCUGGGGCUGGGCGUCCGGGCUUGAACAGCGCUCGGAUACCGAUCUUGCCAGCAUUCUAUCGACGACGACGGUCUAUGUGCCUACUACUAUAUACGCAUGCACGCCCCCUCCGGUGAUAUCGACAUCAACAGGGCCAAAUGUUGGCGUGGGCACUACCACCGCGAGCGCUUCCGUCUCGCCAACAAGUGCUUCGUCAACCGAAAGGCAACCACCGAAACCCACCAGCCCCGUCGGUUAUCCGUCGCCGUUACCGCCUGCGCCGUUCAGAGGGUUCAGAAAUGCUGUGUACUUCACGAACUGGGGCAUCAAUGGCUCGAAUUUCCACCCCCAGGAACUUCCGGUCUCGCAGCUCACGCAUAUCUUCUACGCUUUUGCCGACAUAGACGUCAACGGGACGGUGAAGUCGUCGGACCCGGCCGUCGACCUCGAGAGGCGGUACCCGCGGGACUGGCGCCAGACGCAGGGGGUUAGCAACGCGUACGGCGCCGUCAAGCAGCUGUACCUGCACAAGAAGCGGAACCGGAACCUCAAGACGGUGCUCUCGAUCGGCGGGUGGAACUUCUCGCCCAAGUUCCCCGCGGUCGCCGCCACCGAUACCACGCGACGCGCCUUCGCGGCCUCCGCCGUCCGGCUCGUUACCGACUGGGGCUUCGACGGCAUCGACGUCGACUGGGAGUUCCCCGAGACCGACGCCGACAGGGACAACUACGUCAAGCUGCUCGCCGCCUGCCGCGAGGCCUUCGACCUGUAUUCCCUCCGCCACCACCUCCGGUACCGGUUCGCCAUCUCGGUCGCGAGCUCCGCCAUUCCCCACAACUACAAUAGGAUGGACCUCGUCGGGAUGGACAGAUACGUUGAUACCUGGAACUUGAUGGCCUACGACUAUUCCGGGAGCUGGGACACGGUGAGCGGGCACCAGGCGAACGUGUUCGCGUACGGGCCGCGCAACGGCACGGGGCUGGCGCGGCCGAACACGGACGACGCGGUGCGGCACUACGUGGGGCAGGGGGUGGAGGCGCGGAAGAUCGGGAUGGGGCUGCCGCUGUACGGGCGCGGGUUCGCGGGCACGGCGGGGCUGGGGCGCAACUACACGGGGCUCAGCACGGGCGGGCCGCAGCCGGGCGUCUUCUACUACCGGCAGCUGCCGCGCGCCGGCGCCGCCGAGCGCUACGACGGCGAGGCCCAGGCCGCCUACAGCUACGACGACGCGCGCCGCGAGCUCGUCUCGUACGACAACGUCCGCAGCGCCGCCUUCAAGGCCGCCUACCUGCGCCGCCGCGGCCUCGGCGGCGCCUUCUUCUGGGAGGCCAGCGGCGACCGCGCCGGCCCCCGCAGCCUCGUCCGCACCGUCGCCCACCACCUCGCCGCCCUCGACGACACCCCCAACAACCUCCACUACCCGACCAGCCGGUACCACAACAUCCGCUGGGGGAUGCCGGGCGAGUAG